AUGGACCCCGUCCAGGCACUGUGUCUGCUCCUGCCGCUGCUGAUGGGGGCCGCGCCCAGCGGUGCCCCCCAAGCACCCGCAGGAAACAACGCGGAGGUCUGCCUCCUGCCCCUGGACGAGGGCCCCUGUCGCGCCAGGAUUCCCAGCUACUACUAUGACAGGCACACACAGAGCUGCCGCCCAUUCAUGUUCGGAGGCUGCUACGGCAACGCCAACAACUUCGAGUCCCGGGCAGCCUGUGAAGAGGCCUGCUGGAGGAUAGAUAUUGUUCCCAAAAUCUGCCGGCUGGAAGUCGCCAGCACCCAGUGCAGGGAGCCCCGGGAAGAAUACUUCUUCAACUUGCGCUCAAUGACCUGCGAGAGGCUCUCCAGUGGGUGUCGCCAGAACCGGAACAAGAACCGGUUUCCUGAUGAAGCUACUUGUAUGGGCUUCUGCGCACCAAAGAAAGGUCCAUCAUUCUGCUACAGCCCAAAAGAUGAGGGGCUGUGCUCUGCGAAUGUGACUCGCUAUUAUUUCAACCCGAGAUACGGAGACUGUGAAGCCUUCACCUACACUGGCUGUGGGGGGAAUGACAACAACUUUGUCAGCAGUAAGGACUGUAGACACGCCUGUGUGAAAGUCUUGAAGAAGAAAACGAAGGUGCCAAAGCUUCUCUUUGCCAAUAGAAGACGGAAAAUGCAGAAGAAGCAAUUUUAAACAUGUUUUUGUUCGUCAUCUCGUGGACACUUACUUGCCUUGUGGUUAGAUCUGAAGAGUAAUAGGGCAGCACACGGAAAUGAGUCACUAGUGAUUUAUUCAGCAGCUUUUAUCGAUACAAGUCACUUUUUUCUGUGUUUUUUUUUAAUACAUAACUACCUGCUAUUCAAAUGUGAAUCUACCCUUUU